AUGCCGAUCUCUGGCCUUGGCCUUUGGCCAUUCACCUUUUCGUUUAGUUGGUGGCUGUUGUCCCGAUCUACUGUGCCACCGGUUGUUGGCCUGCGAGAAACCCUUGGUUGUUGGCCUUCAUGGCUGCUCCUCGUGCUAUCCUUUUUUCUCGGUAUAAUAGCCUUCCAGAAAAUCUGGUCCACGAGUUCUUCCUCCCCAGCUGAUUGCGGAAUGGUUUACAACUCCUGGCUGGAUUCAGAGUUGUACAAACAGGUCGAGGCAGAGCAGCUACUAGGAACUACCAAUGGUGGUCAGUCGACUUCUCCGCCUCAGCAAAACUACCUGCAUUCGGCACCAGUAUACUCGUACGAGACUCCCGCACCUACUACUACCCAGCAUACUAUGUAUGGCGAAGCCCCCAUGAGCAACGACCAAGCCCUGGAUCCUGCUGAGCUAUAUGAUGCGGAUACAUUUCAAAGUUACAUCCCGGACUCCCUGCCCUCAUUUCUCAAUCAAGAUAUCGAUCAGCGCGACAUUCAUAGUGCUGCCGGACAGCGUUCGCGCAACGGUUCUUUCAGCUAUUUCCGCCAUGCUUUCCCCUACUAUCCGUCUGCCAACAAUCUGGGCUUUUCUGGCUCAGACCUCUCCGAAUCAUGCCCCAUUACGCCCGCCCAGGCGAUCCGGCAUCAAGAAGAGGUUCACCCUCACCCUGGCCAUCCGGUCAAUGACGAUGGAUCAGAACAGCCGCACGCGAGCGAACAAUCCCCCGCUGCACUCUUGCAUCCCUUCAGGGUGUCACAGCCCGAUAUUCUACGAGCAGAUCACCAGCGCCGGGAGGGCAUGUUCCAUUAUCAGGAACUUUCACAUAACGAUGAUGUAUCACAAUCACAAACCCGAUGCCUGUGGAUUACCGGUAAAGGCCAGUGCGCUUUUACUGCAGGUACAGUCAGGAGCGUGAUGAGGCAUAUAUUGUCAUGUCAUCUCCGUGAGCAUCAGCAGCCUGCCAGCCGGGUGCAGUGUCGAUGUGGGGGCUGCUCACUCCCAAGUACCAUAAGGCGAGACAGUAUUCGCCGACACAUCCGCGAAAUGCACUACGGGGACAAAUAUCGCCGCAAGUACUAA